AUGGCACAGCACAGCAGGGCACAGCAGAGUAUAGCAGGACACAACACAGUACAGCAGGACACAAAACAGCACAGCAGGGUACAACACAGCACAGCAGGAUACAAUACAACAGGGCACAGCACAGCAGGGUACAACACAGCACAGCAGGACACAACACAGCACAGCAGGACACAACACAACAGGGCACAGCACAGCAGGGUACAACACAGCACAGCAGGACACAACACAGCACAGCAGGACACAACACAACAGACAGCCUCUGACUGUAACGUGGGCCCUGCAUAUAUUAACGUAGCGGGAGGUAACAGAGAGAAGGCGGGAGAUAACAGAGAGAAGGCGGGCAGUAACAUAGAGAAGGUGGGAGGUAACAGAGAGAAGGUGGGAGGUAACAGAGAGAAGGCGGGAGGUAACAGAGAAAAGGCGGGAGGUAACACAGAGAAGGCGGGAGGUAACAGAGAGAAGGCGGGAGGUAACAGAGAGAAGGCGGGAGGUAACAGAGAAAAGGCGGGAGGUAACACAGAGAAGGCGGGAGGUAACACAGAGAAGGCGGGAGGUAACACAGAGAAGGCGGGAGGUAACAGAGAGAAGGUGGGAGGUUACAGAGAGAAGGCGGGAGGUAACAGAGAGAAGGCGGGAGGUAACAGAGAGAAGGCGGGAGGUAACAGAGAGAAGGCGGGAAAUAACAGAGAGAAGGCGGGAGGUAACAGAGAGAAGGCGGGAGAUAACACAGAGAAGGCGAGAGGUAACAGAGAGAAGGCGGGAGGUAACAGAGAGAAGGCGGGAGGUAACAGAGAGAAGGCGGGAGGUAACAGAGAAGGUGGGAGGUAACACAGAGAAGGCGGGAGAUAACACAGAGAAGGCGGGAGGUAACACAGAGAAGGCGGGAGGUAACAGAGAGAAGGCGGGAGGUAACAGAGAGAAGGCGGGAGAUAACACAGAGAAGGCGGGAGGUAACAGAGAGAAGGCGGGAGGUAACAGAGAGAAGGCGGGAGGUAACAGAGAGAAGGUGGGAGAUAACAGAGAGAAGGCGGGAGGUAACAGAGAGAAGGCGGGAGGUAACACAGAGAAGGCGGGAGGUAACACAGAGAAGGUGGGAGGUAACACAGAGAAGGCGGGAGAUAACACAGAGAAGGCGGGAGGUAACAGAGAGAAGGCGGGAGGUAACAGAGAGAAGGUGUGAGGUAACAGAGAGAAGGUGGGAGGUAACAGAGAGAAGGUGGGAGAUAACACAGAGAAGGUGGAAGGUAACAGAGAGAAGGUGGGAGGUAACAGAGAGAAGGCGGGAGGUAACACAGAGAAGGCGGGAGAUAACACAGAAAAGGCGGGAGGUAACAGAGAGAAGGCGGGAGGUAACACAGAGAAGGCGGGAGAUAACACAGAGAAGGGGGGAGGUAACAGAGAGAAGGAAGAUAACAGGUGACUGACACAUGGCAUCUACGAACAUUGAUCUCUGUACAUGGAACACUGUCAUAAUAAUCACAGAAGAACCAAUUCCAUUAUAUUUUUUUUAUUUUUCAGACUGCAAUGCGGUUUAGCGAGGGAAGUGAGUGCUUCUUGAUCAAGUAGCCAGUACAUUCUUGACACGUGUCCAAGGUACACAAAUAGUGACCGGAAUUCCUGCCGUAUUCUGGUUUGUUGUCGUAACAACAACGUACCAGAUGACGACAACCCUAUGUACAGCU